AUGGUGUCGGCGUCGCUGAGCGAGUGCCCGGGCGUGCUGGGCGACCAGCACGCAUACUUGCUCUCCGAUGUGUGCUACGGCGGCGACCUCCGCGCCCUGCUGCAGCGACUCAAGGCUGCCGCAAGCAGCAACACGGGGGACGCGGGGAGAGGCAAGGGGAGGCGGUGGUGGGGGAAGGCGAGCGGGGAAGGCGGGCGGGGAGGGGGAAUGGCGGAGGCGGAGGCGCUGGAAGUGGUGAAGCACGUGGGCGACGCCGUGGCGUUCUGCCACGAGCGAGGCGUGAUGCACUGCGACAUCAAGCCCGAUAACAUCCUCUUCGCCGCGCCCACACCUUUCUCCGCCGCCGCUGCUCCUGCCGCUGCGCCUGCGCGCGGCUCUCCUGCUGCCCUCGGCCUGUCCGCGCCCGUCGCCUCAGCGCGCAUCUCCCCCCGCCUGGCCGCGGGGGCAGUGCGGCUGGCGGACUUUGGGUUGGCGCAGGUGGUGGCGGAAGGGCAGCGCGGGUGCACCAUUCCCGCAGGCACGCCCGGGUACGUGGCGCCUGAGGUGGAGGCUCUCUGCCGCCCUCGCUGCCCGCCCGCCCCGGGCGCCGCCAAGCAUGCCAGAAAAGCAGCGGGGAGAGCAGCGGCAGGAAGCGCAGAGGCAGCGGGGUAUGGGCGCGCAGCUGACGUGUGGUCGCUGGGGGCGGGGGGAGCAGCGCGGGGAAGAGCAGGUGUGGCAGAUGGUGGUGAGCGUGAUGGGUGGAGGGAGGGGGAGGCGAGGGGUAUUGUGGAGGGGAGGGGCCAGCACCAGGGGGAAAUGCAGCUAGUGUGGCGUGACGUGGGGUGA